AUGAGAGGAAAUCCAAUAUUGUUGAUAGUAAUAUUUUACUCUCUUUUCAUUUUUCUUGGAGAGUCAAGAUCAUCAUCAUCAACUCAAUCAAACAAUGACGAUCAAGUUUAUAUUGUUUAUAUGGGAGCCGCAGGUUCAGCUAAUGGCACCCUUCGCAAGGAUCAUGCUCAUCUUUUAAACACUCUAUUAAGAAAGAAUAAGAAAGCUUUAAUACACAACUACAAACAUGGAUUCUCAGGCUUCGCAGCUCGAAUGUCAAAAAAUGAAGCAAACUUGAUUGCUCAAGAACCUGGAGUCGUGUCCGUGUUUCCGGAUCACAUUAUGAAGCUUCACACAACACGUUCUUGGGAUUUUCUAAGAUCACUUUCUCACAUUGAAAUUGACAACAAUCUUUCUGAGUCUUCCUCCUCCUCAGAUAUCAUAAUUGGCAUGUUAGACACGGGGAUAUGGCCAGAAGCAGCAAGUUUCUCAGACGAGGGAAUGGGUCCUAUUCCAUCUGGUUGGAAAGGAGUUUGCAUGACAUCAACUGAUUUCAACUCGUCCAACUGUAACAGGAAGAUAAUAGGAGCGAGGUAUUAUCCUAACAUUCAUGACGAUGCUGGUGCGACCAACACUGUCAGAGAUGCUAAUGGACAUGGGACCCACACUGCUUCGACAGCGGCUGGGAAGAACGUCAGUGGUGCAUCAUACUACGGUCUUGCCAAAGGGACAGCAAUAGGUGGAUCUCCUGAAUCGAGGUUGGCCAUUUACAGAGUAUGUUAUAUUGGAAAUGAAUGUUAUGACUCUGCCAUACUUGCGGCGUUUGACGAUGCUAUUCAUGAUGGAGUUCAUGUACUUUCCCUUUCGCUCGGUUCGGGUUUGUAUCCCCGGCCUGCCUUGACAAACAACUCGAUUGCAAUCGGAGCGUUCCAUGCUGUGGAGCACGGCAUUAUGGUGGUUUGCUCCGCUGGAAAUGAUGGACCGCGAAAGACUACCGUUGAUAACGAUGUACCUUGGAUAUUUACUGUUGGAGCCACCACCAUCGAUCGGGAUUUUCUGUCCAAUGUAGUCUUGGGUAAUAACAAGGUUAUUAAGGGUCGAGAUUUAAAUUUCUCUCCUCUUUCAAAAUCCGCCAUUUAUCCAUUGAUAACCGGGGAGGCUGCAAAGACAAGUUCCGCAGACAUAGCAGAAGCAAGGCAGUGUCACUUUAAUUCAUUAGAUAAAAAAAAAGCGAAGGGAAAGAUUGUCCUCUGCGAUGGUAUAACUGAUCAUCUUUCAACCGAUGUCAAAAUUGAUGUGGUAGAAGAGGUGGGGGGAUUAGGUCUUGUUCAUAUUACUGACGGUGAAGGAGCAGAGUCAAGUUACUAUUAUGAUUUUCCAGCAACAGCGGUAACGCCAAAAGAUGCUAUCCCAAUUCUCGAAUAUGUUAAUUCAACAAGCAAUCUAGUGGCAACAAUUCUACCAUCAAUUUCAGUCAUAGAUUACAAGCCUGCGCCAAUGGUGGCAACGUUUUCAAGUAGAGGGCCUUCAACGCUGUCUAAGAAUAUUCUCAAGCCUGAUAUUGCAGCACCAGGUGUUAACAUUCUUGCCGCAUGGAUGGGAAAUGACACAACACAGGCUCCAAAAGGGAAAAAACCUCCGAUAUUUAACCUUAUAUCUGGGACUUCCAUGUCAUGUCCACAUGUUUCAGGCCUUGCAGGAAGCAUUAAAUCUCGAAAUCCCACUUGGAGUGCCUCUGCUAUCAGAUCCGCCAUCAUGACCUCUGCAACUCAAUUUAACAAUAUGAAGACUCCCAUUACAACAGAGUUAGGGCCGGUUUCCACUCCGUAUGGCUAUGGCGCUGGAGAAAUUACAAUGAAUGGAUCAUUCCAUCCAGGGCUAGUUUAUGAAACCGACACCAUUGACUACUUAAACUAUUUGUGUUACCUAGGAUACGAUACAGCCACAAUUAAACUUAUCGCAAAAACCAUACCUGAUGGUUUCAGUUGUCCUAAGGAUUCCACUCCUGAUCAUAUUUCCAACCUCAACUAUCCUUCCAUAGCAAUCUCCAACUUCAUUGGAAAAGAAUUCGUGAAUGUGACUAGAACUGUGACGAAUGUUGGUGAAGAAUAUGAAACACUUUACUCCGCCGCCAUUGAUGCUCCUAGUGGAGUGAAAGUCCAAUUGAUUCCAGAAAAACUCCAAUUUACAAAACAAAGCAAAAAACAAAGCUACCAAGUUAUUUUCUCGACCACUUUAACUUCAUUGAAAGAUGAUCUGUUUGGAUCCAUUACCUGGGACGAUGGCAAACAUAAGGUUCGAAGUCCUUUUGUAUUGGCCGUCUAG